CAACCCUUUGAUUUUGGCACUGCAUGAGACCCGAUCUUUGAAUGUUGCGAAAGUUGUUGAUUGAGUUGGGUGCCAAUGUCAAUGCUUAUCGUCCUGGGGGUCAUGCUGGAACUCCUAUGCAUCAUGCUGCAAAAAGGGGACUUGAUCAAACUGUAAAUCUAUUACUUUCGAGUGGAGCAAAUCCGUUGGUUAUGAAUGAUGACUGCCAGACACCUCUAGAUUUGGCUCGAGCGAAGGAGCAUUGCAAUGUUGUUCGUGCUAUUGAAAGUCGAAUAUGUUUGUUCUGUGGAUGGCUGCGGGAACUUUUUGGCCCAAGCAUUCUGGAAGCAUUUGCUCCACAAUGGGUACAAAGGAAAAUAUGGGCAGUGGUUUUACCCUGUGAUUCUCGCAAUCCUACAACACCUCGCAGGUUUGAAUUGGCCAUUUAUCCAGAUCUACAGGUUGCUAAACCACGGGUCACUAUUGCUCUCUGGAAAGUUCAUAUUGAUGAACCAAAAUUCAACCAGCCAGAUCCUACUCUGGUUAUUGUAGAUAGAUAAAACUUCAAGUACG